AUGGGACUCGCUAACAUCAUCAACCGUGGAGAAAAGCCCGAGGGCUCGGCCUUCAUGGCGGCCUUUGUGGCCGUGUUUGUCGCGUUUGGAGGUAUUCUGUUUGGAUACGACACUGGAACCAUUUCCGGCGUCAUGGCCAUGCCAUUCGUCAAGAAGACCUUUACAGAUGACGGCCUGGAGUUCACUUCUGAGCAGACCUCGCUCAUCACUUCCAUUCUUUCUGCAGGCACCUUCACUGGAGCCAUUUCUGCUCCCUGGGCCUCUGAUACUCUGGGAAGACGACUGGGUCUGAUCCUCUUCUGUGUCGUCUUCUCUGUUGGCGCUAUUCUUCAGACUGCUGCCACCGGCCGAACGCUUUUGAUUGUCGGACGAGUUGUUGCUGGUCUUGGUGUUGGUGGAGUCUCUUCCAUCGUUCCUCUUUACCAGUCUGAGGUUGCCCCCAAGUGGAUCCGAGGUGCCGUUGUCUCCAUCUACCAGUUUGCCAUCACCAUUGGUCUUCUGCUGGCUGCCAUUGUCAACAACGCAACCAAAAACAAAGACAACAGUGCUUCCUACCGAAUUCCUCUCGGCCUUCAGCUUCUGUGGGCCGUCAUCCUGAGUGGAGGUCUCAUCCUGCUACCGGAGACUCCUCGAUUCUGGAUCAAGAAGGGCGAGUACGACAAGGCCGCCGAUUCCCUGCGACGACUACGACGACUUCCUGUUGAGCACGAGGCUGUACAGAAGGAGCUCCUGGAGAUCCAAUCUUCUCACGACCACGAGAUGCAGAUCGGUAGCGCCACCUGGGCCGCCUGCUUCUCCCCCAAGGGGUCCCAGCUGAAGCGAAUGCUGACCGGUAUUGCCAUUCAGGCCCUGCAGCAGCUCACCGGUAUCAACUUCAUCUUCUACUACGGAACCGAGUUCUUCAAGAAGUCCAACAUCUCCAACCCCUUCCUCAUCCAGAUGAUCACCAACAUUGUCAACGUGGUUAUGACCAUCCCCGGUAUCAUGUUUGUUGAUCGAGUCGGACGACGAAAGCUGCUGUUGAUCGGAGCUAUCGUCAUGUGCUCUUCCGAGUUUAUCGUGGCGGCUGUUGGUACUGCCAUUGAUAACGAGACCUCCUCAAAGGUUCUGAUUGCCUUCACUUGUACCUUCAUUGCCGGUUUCGCCGCCACCUGGGGUCCUAUUGCCUGGGUUGUCAUUGGAGAGAUUUUCCCUCUACGAAUCCGAGCCAAGGGUGUUGCUCUAUGCGCCGCCUCCAACUGGCUUUUCAACUUUGCCAUUGCCUUUGCAACCCCCUACCUCGUCGACGAGGCCCCUGGAUCGGCCGGUCUCAAGACCAAGGUCUUCUUCAUCUGGGGAGGCUGCAACUUCCUGUGCAUCGCCUUCACUUACUUCUUCAUCUACGAGACCAAGGGUCUUACUCUGGAGGAGGUGGACCAGAUGUACGCCGAGAUCAAGAUUGCUUCUCGAUCCCACCAGUUUGUGCCUACCACUCGAGUCGCUGCUUACGACGAGCACGCUUCUGACGACAAGAAGGACGGACAGCACGUCUACAUUGAGUCUGUCUAG